AUGUAUGCCACCAGUGAGCAUCAUUUACAAGCUGAAACCCUAUUCACAUAUGGAAACAGAAUCAUCCUGAUACCCUCGUCCUUAAUCUCUUUUAACUCCUUCAUUCUUCUUCCAGUGGAGUUAUUUUCCAAAUCAGCAGCUCCUGCUGCUACACCACCACCAACCCCAGAGUUUUGUCGCCAUCCAUAUAUGUUGCAUCCGCGAGUUCAAUCUCUACACCAAUUGCUUUAUCACAUGCAUCUUUCGUUGGAAUCCUACCUGUGGUACUGGUUCUCAAUUUUGGUUGAUAAACCUACUCUAGGAAAUGCUCUCAUGAAUCUACGAUACAUAGAUGAACGCACCAUGGAAACAAGAGCAAAAUGUAAGUUGGUAGUCAGUAUACUUGGUUUCGUUUGCAAUCCUUAUCUUCUUUCUGCCAGUGGGGUGAUUCUGAACAGGUAUAGGAAUCUUAUCGAUAGAGCUAUAAAAGCAAGACUUGUUUAUGGGAGCCCUCAUAUGAAUCGUGCUGUUAAUUUCAAGUACAUGAAUCACCAGUUAGUUUGGAAUGAAUUUUCAGAAAUGCUGUUGUUGCUUCUUCCCAUUCUCAGUUCGUCUUCCAUGAAGAAUUUCUUCAUCCAUUCUCAAAACAUAACUAUUCAGGCUCUACUGGAGAUGAAACACUAUGCCCCAUCUGCCAGGCCAAUCCAACAAACAUGUAUCUCACCCUUCCUUGUCAACAUAGGCACAUUGCUAAAUCAAAAUUACCUUUUUGUCCUUUAG